AUGGCAGAUCUGCUAUUUCUCGCAUCCGGCGAAUCCUAUACUUGGCGAGAUAGCUAUGACAAAAUAGACACCAAAGAUCUGAGCAUCUUAGCAGCCCAUCUAUACUUUGCCAGCGAAUCCGUGGAUAGAGAACUAUCCAAGCGCAACGUGAAGAUUCCGAGUCAAGUCACAGACACCCCCCGACCAGAGGACAAAGACCUUCUCGACCAAACAAUCGCCAAGUACAGCGGGACCAUCCCAUUCCCCGAACCAUUCGAGCAAUGGCUCACAUCCGAGUUCCACAUCCAAUCCACCAGACUGGGGAACUUCCUCAAAACCCUCGUUCAACGCGACAUCAUAGAGCCCGCGGAAAAGGCGAACCCCACCAGCUCGUGUUUAGUGCUGAUAAUGAGUCUGAUUGACCAGGCUCUCGCAAAUUAG